UGGGUUUUGCUCUCGUCAAUGUCAUGUGACAAGUGCUCGUCCGAUCAUGUGACAAUGACGUCAUAGUGCCAAGCAGCAGACGAGCUCGGCGCGUUCGGAAGUCGUGAGGAGCACGUAAUCUAACAGCAAGUCCCGCCACCGAAAAUCGUACAGUUACCCUCAAUCACAUCAGAUCCAGACUUCCUACGGAUGCCCAGACCAGGCUUUUGAAGUUGAGAAGUCAUCCGAGGAAUUACCAAAAUACAAACUGAAAAUGACUGAAUUUUCCUCUGAAAUGUUCAAUCACGUAAGUGACGGGCAGUUGUCAUCUGACACAAAAAGGAAACACAUGUCACCAAGACGAAUGCAACGAAACAUUAUUGACCUUGAACUGGGAGAAAACUCACCAACAAAAUCAGAAGACGGGAGAUUCGAUGACUUUUCGGAAUUUACAUCAGAUUCAGAUCAUCAGACGGAUAUUCAUUUUCAUGAAAAGUUGCUGGAAGACAAUGAAAAUCUGAUUAAAUUGCCCUAUGAACCAAAUAUUGAGGGAACUGCAGAUUGUGAUAUUAGGAGGGAUUUGAGUGGGCAGGACACACCCAAAAGGAUGAAAAUAGAGAUAAUAAAUGGAAUACAUACGGUGACAACAGGCUUGGAACUUGAAAGUGAGUCUCCAGCGUUUACUGUUAAGUCUCCCAGCACAGAUAGUCAGGACAGCACACAUCAGAUGAAUCCAACCCAUCUGCAAAUGAUGUCGGCCAUGGGCGACACAGGAUGGUAUGAGAUCCUGCCAGGAGAUAACAUAGUGACAACACCUGUGUCCAGGAGGCAGCAUCAACAUAUGCAGAAUCAACUUCAGACAGUCAGUGUGUUGUCUAUACCAAAGACAACAGUGCAAACUAUGGUAUCAGACCAUCAGAGCAUGACUACCACGCCCAUCAACCAUCAAACCCUCACCAAGUCCAGUAGCAACAGCAACUAUGUGUACACCCCUCAUCCACGAAGUGGUCAGAUCAUGUACAUCGCAGAGCCUAAUUCCAUGACCCCUGAGUCUCUCCAAGCUAAUGUCCAAGCUGUCACUCCUCUGCUGGUAAACAAACCAAACAUGUCAACCAACUACACCCCAGUAUCACAGAUUUGUUCUCAGAGCUUGGUGCUGAAUAGUAGCGGUGAAGAGAACACUAGCCCAACAGAAGACGCACCAGUCCCAACAUACAGUUGUCAUGACUCCCCGGUUGAUCCCAGUGUUCAGGACUCCACCAGCUUUCCUCUGUUGAAUUCCCCACAAGCAAUGGAUGAGGAGCGAGAGUCACACAACAUGAAGGAAAGAAAGAGGAGGGCUAGAAUCAAAGAAGCAUGUGACUUAAUGAGACAGCUGGUGCCAGGAAUGUCAGAGAAAACGGACAAAGCAACUGUGUUUGAGUUUGCAGCCAGAUACAUCUACUUCCUCAAGAACUUUGUAGGCACAGCUCACGACAAGGAUUUCCUGAUCAAGUACAGUCCAUAUUGAAGGUCGUUAAGACAGACAGUUGAUAGCUGGAAAGAAACAAACAAUAUUAACAGAAAUAUGUGUUUGAUCCGUAAUCAGUUGGACAUAAAGAGGAGAAUAAGUUCA